AAAGGAUGAUUGUAAAAGAAUUAUAAAUUAAACUUUAUGUAAUAGUGCUUUAUUAACUUUGAGACAUUUUUUUUAUUUAACCUUUGUAAUUUAAAAGUAUCAGGUAAAAAAUUAUUCAAGCAAAAAACAAUCAAAAUAACAAAACAAUGUGAAGAUAGAAGCUUAGUUUCCCUCAUUGGGGUUAAGUUAUUAUUUGUCCAUCAUUAGGGUCUAUACAUUAUUAAAACUGUUUAAACCAUAACACAAAAUUGUGUUUAACCUUCUAAGACCCGGGUUUUGGUUUGUCUUUUUUUUCAGAUUUCUACCAGUUAUUUUGGGGUUAGGAAGAACCAAUAAAUAUAACAACCACACUGUUUUCUAAGAACAUGAAGCAGUGUAUUUGUCCAUGUUUGUGUACAACAGGUUCCAGUUACACAGAAUUAAGUUUUAUGGUGCAAACAUAAAAAAAUUCAUGUCCACAUAUGUGGACAUCCAGGUCUUAAGAGGUUGAUGAAUCCCUUUUCUACAUAAAUCAUCCUACAUAAUUUAAAGCACAUUCUGUAACCUUUAUAUCUUUAAUGUUGACCGUGUAAGGUCAAGUCAAAAAUUGAUAUCAAGGACUGAAAUCAGACACAGCACCUUGGUCCCAGAAAAUACUCGUAAAACUGGCAGACAUGCUUCUGUGUGAACGCAAAUGCGUCCCGUAAAUGUUCUGGGAUCGCUCCUGGAAAGUGGAGCUAACAUUGCCAUAAGAUACUCGAAAAGCCCUUUGUGUGAAUGAGAAGGGGCGUGGUGUGGGACAAAAGCAGAUAUCUGGGAGUUCGUCACUAUCCGCGCAAAAUCUGAGAUCAUUCAGCAGCAUAAAAGAAUAGCGAAUCACACGCUCAUGAGCUUAUAUUAAACAAAAAUGCACGUGCAUCAUCCCAACAAGAUAUAUGGUUCAUCUCUUUGAAACUGGGUUUUUAAAUGCACAUUAUCAUUCACGAUGAAAAAUGUCUGCAAACUGGACUGAAGCAGAGAAUAUCCACUUUGAAGCUGAGAUCAUUCACCAGCAUACUAGAACAGUGCGUCACACACUCCUUUAUAAUCUUAUCAUCAGUGUUGGUGGUAACGCAUUACAAUAAUAAUAAUAGUAGUAGAUUUUAUUUGUAAUGCACUUUACAUUUGGAGCAAAUCACAAAGUGCUACAGUUAUGAUAUUAAAAAGGAUAGAAACUUCAAUAAAAAAUACAAAUAUAUGUGUAGUUAAACUUCUACUGAAAAGAAAUGUUUUUAGUCCUUUUUUAAAAGUAUAGUUUGAGAUAACAUGUAACAAGUUUUUUUUACCUGUAUUACAAGUAACGUGCAUUACGUAAUAAUUUUACUUUUUUGAAGUAACGAAUAAAGUAACACAUUACUUUAUAAAUGUGCACAUUAAUAUUUGAGUUACAUUUUUUUAAGUAAUGCAAGUUGCUUUUUAGUUUAAUUAAUUUGAUAAAUUUUUUUACUGAAUUAAACUAAAAGUCACAAACAUUACGCACUAAAUGCGUGCCGGCCUGAGCAGAAAAAGUUUUGAGUUCGAAACUGAGAUGGCAGGCAGGCCAGAGCUUGAUAUUUUUUCAAUGGAAAUAUGCAAUUUCUGAAUGCAGAACUUCUCAGUCAUAGAAAACAUGUGCAAGGCCUGAGAGGAUCAAGCCCAAAUAAGAAAAAGUUACUUAAAGCAACACUAAAGACUGUGGCUCUUUGCUCCCCCUACAGGUUAGAAGCGUAAUUGUUCAUUACCACUGUCGUAAAUACUGCAGCAUAGCUGGCUCUGAUUGGAUUGUAGGUCUGCCGUAAAGCAAGUUUUUGUAGUUUUCACUCGAACUACAGGACCACUACCCGACGGUUGGAAACUUCUUUAGUGUGGUUUUGGCCGAUAGAGGGCUGCAAAGCGAAUGUGAAAGUGCCAUUCACCCUGUUUUGAGCGGCUGAACCACUGAAACUCUUUUGGGAAACGUUAUUUUAAGGCAAAAAAAAAACUCUUUGGUGUUGCUUUUAAAGUAACAGAAGCAUUACUUUCUAUGAUAAGUAACUAAGUAACACAAUUAGUUACUUUUUGGGGGAGUAACUUAAUAUUGUAAUGCAUUACUUUAAACAGAAACUUUCCCCAACACAAAAAUGCACGCGAGUUGUUUCUGGAGAGAGAAAUAAUGGAUAAUGAGCAAAUUUCAGACGCUGCAGAGAAAAAAACUACUAAGUGCCGGACUUUAAACACGUCGUCACGUGUCUUUACGUGAUCUUUAUGGUAUCUUUGUGAUACACACAGAUUCCGCAAAGUCAUUGGCAGUGUGAUGGAACCAAAAAUCAAACGAUCUCGGAAAAAUCCCUGAUGCAUUUUCAGCGUAUUUUCUGUAAUAUCUGUGUGAAAAGGGCUUUAGAUGGACUUUAGCCUGGAUUUUACAGACAAUGUCACACACUCCAAAAAAGGAUGUGUUAAUUUUUAUAAAUUGUUUUGUGUUAUCCUAUUUAACACAUUUUGUGUCAUUUUAUGUUGAUUUUGUGUUUAAAUAAAUAAAAAGGGACAACACAAGAUCUUUUAAAACGGCACACAGUGUGUUGUUCCAAUAAUAACACAGAGAUGUGUUAAAACAACAAAAUUUGUUUUAAGAGUGAUAUAAUCAGUCAUUUUAAACUAAUAACAGCAUAAAAAAAAAUUUUUAGUACAGUUAUUUGCAUGUCCUAUCUCGUUGGACAUUUUUGGGGUCUUCUAUGCAAAUGUUAGGUGUAUAGGUGAUUAUUAGACAGCACAGUGCAGAAUCAGGAAGAUCAGUGGACAAGCAAACCUUCCCAGGUAUGGUGACUGUUUCAUUCCUAUCACAUGUAUAAAAUUGAUCUUUUCUUCUGAAGAUUUAAAAUUGUUUUUCAUCAUUUAUAAGCAAGGUAAGAAUUUCCUGUCCUGACCUGAGGUUGGAAAAAUCAAGAUGCGUAUACUGUGGCUGACACUUCUGCUGGGGGGCUCAGUAAUAUUGGCAGAGGAGCAGCAUUUUCAGAAGUUCGAUAACUUAACGUGGGAUGAAGCCAGGCAGUACUGUCAGGUCUGUUACAAAGAACUGACGACAAUCGCUAGUUGGAACGUCCGCGACGUUGUACGUAAUCUCACUUCAGACUACUGGGUUGGACUUCGCAGGAGCUUCAAUGGCACCCCACCAUGGUCCAGCUGGUCCAAUGGGGAUCCAGUUGCAUAUCAGAACUGGUAUCCUGGCCAUCCUGUGCCAAAAGAAGAAACAUGUUCUUCAAGUACCCCAGCGAACGUUUCAGCGGGUACCCCAACGACUGUUUCGACGAGUACCCCAAUGAACUUAACCACGGCACGACAACUUAACAACACAGUAGAUCAGUGCCCCCUACUGACAGAAAUGCUUUCCUGCUUAAAUAUGACAUACAGUGACCUUAGAAAUGUAACUGGGACUACAGUGACUACUAUGACUACAACUCCUCAUGCUUCAUACACUAGCCCACCCCCUGUCAAUAUCACAUCUAAUAGCACAUGUAAUACCAAAGCUCCAGAGUAUAUUGAGAAUGCUUGUGUGGCCCUGCUCCGAAAUGGCAUGUGGAAGGAAAAACAAUGCUACGAACGUCUACCCUUCAUCUGCUAUGAUGAGCGUUUUUUUGGAGCAAUACAUGUGUUCAAUGUGACUGACAAAAAGGCCAACCUAUCCUGGAGUGAAGGACCUGGGAACAUUAGUUACUACAGAGUGGUAGUCACAGAAGGCACAAACCAGACUUUGAAUGUGAGAGGCUUGGUUACAGAAUUAGGGGGGCUCACAGCAGGAACUCAAUACAAUGUCCAGGUGUUCCCCGUCAAAUGUAACAGGGAUCUCAAUCCUCAGAAUAUCUCUUUCUAUACCCCCCCAUUUAGUGUUUAUAAUCUGACAGUGACGAACGUGACGACUCAAGUCAUUGAACUGAGCUGGAGUCAUACUGGAAACUGUAGUUUCUUCUUAAUAAAGGUGUCAGGUGAACCCUCGAAACAAGAGAAUGCAUAUAAAACUAAGAUUGAGAAUCUCCAACCAGGGAAACAGUAUCAUUUUACAGUUACUGCUGUGGUGAAUGAUACUGAAAGUGAGCCAAACAGCACUUCAGCUUACACCAAGCCUUCACGUGUCCUGAAUCUAACAUCAGCAGAUACAGAUUUUACAGUCAUAAAUGCUUCUUGGACAAAACCUGAUGGAGAAUGUUCAGGUUACCUUGUUUGUCUUAAUGAAGACAGUGGAUGCAUUAAUUGCAGUGGAUGCAUUAAUUGUAGUGAGUGUGCAAACUGCAGUGAGUGUGCAAACUGCAGUAUCACAGCAGAGAAGCACAAAGAAUUUACUGGUAAAACACCCGGCAAGAAAUACUUUCUGUGUACAGCAGCCCUGACAGACAGCAACAAAAUAGCAGGAGAAAUGACUCAAAUUGAAGCAUACACACGUCCAAACAGUGUGGAGCUUUCUUUGAUUCCAUUUAGCCAAUACAUAAACGCCCACUGGACGUUAGAUGGAGGUUAUAAAGAUUUCAAUGUAAGCAUUAUAGGUGGCAAUUACAACAAGUCUUAUAUCACUAAAAGCAGGAAUUAUAAUUUCACUGAGCUGAGAGCAGCAGUAUACUACACCAUCACUGUCGUCACUCUUUCUGAGAAACCUGAUUUGAGAAGCGAUCCUGUCAAUCAAUCAGUGUACACAAAGCCUACCUCUCCUGGACCAGCAACUACCAUUGUUCAUAACAAAAGUGCCAUAACUGUAACCUGGGAAGUUCCAAAAGAGUCAGUGGGAGCCUCAGACAUUACAUAUGAGGUGACAUUUGAGUCUCCUUACCGGAAUCACAGAGAUUCAAAAUAUGUAACGCAGAAUCUGGUCACUUUUACCAAAUUAAGUUCGGGACUAAACUACAACUUCAAUGUCAGUGUUGUGGCUGGCGAUCUGAAGAGUGAUCCAUCCUGUGUUAGUAACCAGACAGAGCCUAAUAAGAAGAUAGUGACCUUUAUGAUGAUGUGUAGCAGUAGUGUGCCACUUCUAUGUAACAACAUUCCAACACGAAACAAAACACUGGAUGAGAUGGAAAACUAUUUUAAAAGCAAUCUUCGUAGUGUCUACUGGAAACUCAAAAUGAUAGACAGCAACUGAUAACGUUGAAAUCCCCACAGCCAAAGCUUGGUUUGUGAAAACAACCUGAUUAAUGAUAUAAUACUUUCAAACACAAUUACAAUUUUUAAUUCUUAUUUUAAUUUUGAAUUAAUUUACUUCUCAAAAUCAUGACCUUAUCAUACCGAGACUUCAUACUGAUACAAUCCACAAGAAAGCAGAAGUCACAGACCAUCAGUGGAAAGAGAUAUACAUAUAUUUUUUCUUAUUGAAAUAAGAUUAUAACCAUAUUAAACUAUUUUUUAUAGUUUUCACUCCUAAAAGGUUUAUGCAUUUUCUGGAGAAAUUCCUUAAUGUUUUUUUUUUUUUCAACGAAACUGUCACUGUAACAGGGUUAUACAUUUAUCUAUAAUGUCUGUUUUUUAAGUAUCUCUUUAAGGUUUUUUUUUUAACAAUAAUGCACAAUUAUACAGCUAUAGUAAUUAAACUAACUUGACUUUGGUGGUUGUGGUCCUGAAACUUUAUUUCUUAAUAGAUAUGCAAAAAUGUGUGUUACAAAAUGAUAAAUACCAAUAUAUACAUGUAGUAUUUUGUUUUGCUACUUUUUUUUGGUUUAUUUUAAAAGAACUUGCUUGUAUAGACUCUUUUAAUAAGCAUAAAUAAAACUUAAUCAAAAGUA